AGACUUAGACACGGACCCACCUCGCCACGAAGGACAAACAGUAGUGGUGGUGUCGUAAAACGAGGAAAGCGUUCCUUGAUUUACGAUGGAUUACAACAUAACCGGGUGAAAAUCUCCUCCACCACUAAACAACAAUCCCGUGAAUGAAAAAAAUUCACCCGGAACAAAAAGGAAAUGAUCUCUUAGUAAACAUCAAUUAGGCUGCAUCGUUUGUUCGUUCCCACAAAAAUUUUCACACCACCGCAGCUCCUUCGUGCUUUUCCAUCGACCCCGCAACGUAUUCCAAACGGUACAGCACAAAACCGUAAUCAAUCUGCUCACUGUGACAGAAUCCAUUUUUCUUGCUCUUUUAGUUGUUGUUAGAAUUUGUGAGAUUCAUGGUUGCGUGCUUACUUAAAUUGGAUAAAUCAAAUACAUUUUCACCAACCAGUCCCCUUUACCUAUGGCAUAUCGAAGGGCGUUUUUAUCUUUCCCCUUGGCAGCGGGAGUUGAGCAGUUAUGCAGUUUUACCUUGGGCGCAGGGAUUUAUGAAUCAUGAGUCGACCAAAUUUUAGUGUUACUUUGCACGGUGGUUACUGAAAUGGUUACGGCGCGGUUCGUCUGGUGGGCGGUAUGUGCGAUGAUAAUGGAUGAAAGAAGGGUAGCACUUUGUUACCGCAACUGUUAAAUACUCAUAAUGUAAUAGUAAUAGGAAGGAACUGAGACGUUUAGUCAAAUCAUAAGUAAGGCAAGGUAGAAGCUCUUUACGUAAUAGGUACGGUUAGAUGUUUUCGAGUAUUUUAUUGGGGAAAUGUUAGAUUUGGUAGGAUAAUGAUUACUUCCUCAUCAUCAAAUAGUUCCAUUCGCGACAUCGUCUUAUCUCAGUUCGUAGAAUUUUAUUGAACAUUCUGUACAGGACCAUCCGUGAAGCUGCUGGUUGGCUGGACCCCGUAGACUUCAGUUAUCGUCAGUAAAAUGGGUGCUAAAUUGCACGUCAGUUCCCACCAACAACAAAGGAACCAACGUGUAAGGCACACCACGUGUGUUUGCGUGCUCCAACAGAUAGGCGCGAAACGCGAAGUGCGGUGGAUGGGACGAAAUCUCACCUGGAAAAGCAUUAAAAGCACCGGCAGGUUCCGCUUGUCUGCGUCCUCCCGUGCCUUUCUGGUUUCUUCUGCGCUUGAACCGUGCAGAGAACACACACAGCCGGUCAUGAAGAAGGAAGCCAUCUAUAUAGCGUGCGCUAGCGCGAAAAAAAGGGUCUGUGGAAGGUUUCCAUAUUUCAUCGCGCGUAUUGCAUGGCUGAGCGCGGUGGGAUGGCCCCCGUGACCGUUUUGGGUGAAGGAUAGGAAAGGAUGGAUGAUGAAUGAAUCGUGCCACGAUUGGUCUUUUGGCUGGUGGAUGCUGUGCACCGUCAUGGCGAAAGAGAUCACUGGCUGAGCGCUUCGUUUUUAGUUUCGUUUGCUUGUUUUUUUUUCUUCCCCCAUCUUCAAUGUUCCAGCGAGCGUGCGGACAAUCCAUCUCGUUCGCUCCGGUCUGGUUGCCGCCUGUUUCUUCAGUUUUAUGUCUUGGGACACAUAUUUCUCACCUAUAGUGGCGAGUAUUUUCGGUUAAGCGUCGUGGACAUCGUUGAGCGAACACCGCGGGCUGGUCUGCUCAUUCCGUUCACGGUUCAGUGACGAGCAGUUGCAGACGAGUAAUUAUUGCGAUAAUGUCAUCCUGCGUGUUGGGAAGGUGAUAUACACACAUCUUGUUUGUUUGAGUGUUUGGAUCAUUAUGCAAAACAUAUUUGCGGACUGAGUUUUUUGGCUGAUGUUUAAGUGAUUAUUUAUCGACUGUUAGUGAUCAGGCGGGGAUCGUUCGUAGUGUCGUGCAUUUAGUGAAGAAUUUAGUGUAUAUACUGGUUUCUUAAAUGGUGUAUGGCAAAUGAAGUAAGAUAAAAUAGCUCUUAAAGGCCGUCUGUUUUCCACCGAAGCAAUCAAUUGUUGUGCUCAAUCAAUCGCAAUUGUUUAAAGUGUGACGUGCUAUAAGAAAUACAAUGAGCAACAACACCAUCCUCAAUCGUAGUACUACACUUACAUCCGAUUCUGACCAUGAAGAGCAUGAAUCUGUUGCGAACGUAACGUCCGAGAAGAAACUGCAGUUGUUAAGGACGAACAAUCUUGGCUGGUCCUCAGUCGAUGGCAUGCCGUCCGCUUCGAACAGUACGAUAUUUUCAGAUGGCUGUUGCAUUAACAUCGAUUCCAACAUGUCCGCCGAUGUUGGACAUCAAAAAUCACUUCCAAGCUUCUACAUCGAACGGUUGCUCGGUUUCGGUGCGGACCAUGCUUCAUCCACUGCUGCUGGCUGCCAUUCCAAAGUGGAUCCCCUGAUGGAGACACUGCUGAGCGUUUCAAAAUUGAGCACAGGGGAAAAAAGUACUGUUUCGACCGGUACACCGGCAAGCCUUUGCUCAACACCACCAUCCGGAAGUGCCAUCUCCAUUGCCAGCGAACGGGAAUGGUGCGGUGCGUCCAACUCGCUGGCAGCAUCGUCCCCGAUCGGGUCUCCACCACCGGAACAAACUGUACCGAGAUCGACACUGGAGUCAGAGUCGGAAUCCUCGUACAAUCGGUCCUGUCUCGCCUCAAUAGUCUACAAUCAACCAGCGCAACAAUCAAUGCCGGGACGUAAGGUUAACACCGUGUAUAUAGCCUGGCCGGAAGGACGAACGCUGGAAGUAAAUUUGAAUCGCUUUCAGCGGAAGGUUCUGUCACACGGUGGUACGCACGAAUUGGCAACGUACGGCAAAUGGCCACCGGAACCGGGGACGGGACAUUUACUGCAGGAGCGUCCGUCACACAAACCAAAUCUUACCAAACUCAACAUCAGUGGUGAUCCAUACUUUCAUUUGCAAGCAUCCUCACUGGUGAAGCGUUAUCGGAAACAGAACCGGGAAAGGAAACCGCGUCAAGCGUACAGCGCGAUGCAGCUCGAACGUCUCGAGGACGAGUUCCAGCGUAACAUCUACCUGAACGUAAACAAGCGCUUCGAGUUGGCGCAAUGUCUCGGGCUUACCGAAACCCAGAUCAAAACCUGGUUCCAGAACCGGCGCACCAAGUUUAAGAAGCAGCAAGACUCACGCAACAAGCGCGAACAGCGACAGCAGGCACAGCUGAUCGCACAAUGGUUGUUUCAGCCACAGCAAGUCGGUACGAUUCCGCUGGACGGUCAGUUUCAACCGCUGGCCCGGUUGCCCGUGCUUCCCGCACACCGGUCAUCCCUGGCGCUCGCACAAAGUACGCUCCAGUCGGCACUGAUGGCACCGUACCAUCUGUUACCUCCUGCCGCACCAUUGACGGUACCGUUGCAACAGUCGCAACAGCAGCGUGCCCUGGAGAAAGGAUCUCGCAUUGUUGCACCGGUCUAUACGGUGCGCUCACCAAACGGUGCACCAGUGUAUCCCUCCCGAGUGCCAUUUGCAACAUGCAUGGUACCGUUGGGUACCGCUAACGGUAAGGAACCGGGUGAAAUAUCUGCCAAAGGUUCACCGGAAACGAUAGCGCCGGAUGAGAAGGAUAGCGUGCAAUGCUAGUUGAAUCGAUCAAUUUGUUUUAUCGCCAAACUAGUAAAAUGGUACCCAGUA